AUGGUCGGAUACCAUCCAGAGCCGAUCAAUGGGCAGCUGCCGUUGACUUCAGCGGAAUACAGCGAAGCCGGUCUCUUGUCGGGCAUCGUGACAAGAGUCAUCAUUCAACCGCUUGAUGUGCUCAAAAUUAGAUUCCAAUUGCAAGAAGAGCCGAUUCGCGGCAAGACCUCAGGCAAAUACAAAGGGGUCCUUCAGUCGAUAUUCUUGAUUGCGAGAGAAGAGGGCGCCGCCGCCUUCUGGAAGGGCCAUAUUCCGGCGCAAGGUCUUUCAGCAAUGUACGGUCUCGUGCAGUUCUCGUCUUUCGAAUGGCUUUCGAGACAGGCCGGCUUCUACCUCCCCAACGAUGAUCAAGCUUUACGUUCGAGUUCGGACUUUGCUUGCGGCGCGCUCAGCGGAUGCCUCGCGAUGACCGCCGCGAUGCCGCUUGACGUCAUCCGAACGCGUCUCGUCGCGCAAAAGUCGGGAAGUGUCGUCUACACCGGCACCGGGCACGCCAUCAAAUACAUUUGGCAGAAGGAAGGCGUCGCCGGCUACUUUCGCGGUUGGAUUCCCAGCGUCGCGCAGAUCGCGCCCUACACCGGAAUGCAAUUCUCAUUGUACAACUUCUUCAUGGAAUUGUGGCCGUUCGAUGAGAAGGAGUCGGCCGCUUCGUUGACCAGCGGCGCGAUGGCGGGCACGGUGGCGAAAACGAUAUUGUACCCGCUCGACAUGGUCCGACAUCGAUUGCAAAUGCGGGGAUUUGAGAGGACCGGAUUCGGAAAAACCAGUGAUUACAAUAAGGGAUUGUUGAAGACCGUCGCAAUGGUGGUCCGCAACGAGGAUUGGUACGGCCUAUUCAAAGGCCUCUGGCCGAGCCAGAUCAAAGCGGCCGCCAAUUCGGGCUGCGUUCUUGUUUCGAGUCAUGCGGCCGCCAUGACGGCGAGCAAAUUGUUUUUUGGCGUCGCCGCCGAUCGCAGCUCGAACGUCAAACUGCUCACGAUGGGCUCGCUGGGAUGCGCCACACUGAGCAUUUGUCUAGGAUUCUCGUCGAGUUGCCCUCAGAUUAUAAUGAUUAUGCUGUUUAUUGGAGGCCUUCAGGGUGCUGGAUGGGUUCCCGCGACGAAAUGCAUUGCGAGGUGGUUCAAUGAUUCCUCAUACGCCACAAUGUUCUCGAUUCUCGGUUGCGCCUCGACGCUCGCUGGUCUCCUUCUUCCAAUCUUCAAACACUUCUACUGGCGGACCAUCGAGCUCAAUUUUGGGCUCGCCGUCAUCGUCAUGGUCGCUUUUGCGCGCUGGUUGCUUCGAUUCGAUCUGCAAGAGGUUCGAAAUGUGGAUGGUGACGAGAAAAAGGCGAACGCGAGCGCAAUUGGCGGUGUGGUGAAAUCGACGGCGAUUUGGCAUAUCGCGUUGAUUUAUUUUUUCUCGAUGGAGAUGCGCACAAUAUGCGAAACGUGGAUUCCGUUAUAUUUAACGGACAACCAAAUGUCCGCAGAUGGUUUUCAAGUAGCCUAUGAGCUUGGAGGAAUGAUUGGCACAGUCGCGUCCGGCCUAUUUCUCGAUGGUCUUUCGGCUCGAAUCGGCGUCGACACAUCGCGAAAAUUCAGCGGCGUUCUUUUUUCGUGUCUAAUGAUGCUGUGCGCGAUUGGCGUCUUCGAGAUUUCGUCUCUCGCAACGAUAUUCGGAUUCAUCACUGGAUUCCUAGUCAACGGCUCAAUCAACAUCUGGUGCCUAAUUGGCUCCCAAUGCGGCAACUCAUCAAACGCUGGAGCUUGUUCGGCAUUCAUCAGCUUCGUGGCAACUUCAGGCUCAGUGUUCGCUGGAAGUCCGUUGGCGAAUCUUAUCGCUCACAACGGCUACGGCGUGUUCAAACUCCUACUUCUAGCCCAAAUUUUAUUUGUAUUGUCAAUUUCCGCUCUUCGACUACCCUUAAAAAUGAGCUCAUCGAAAGGGAAAACGGAGUAA